AUGGGUCCUCCAAACGGUUCGCGCGACCUUAUCGCAGGCCCCGACACACCACAAGCACCCUUCCCACUAAAGCUACGAGGACCAGUCAUCAAGGGCUUUGGACGAGGAAGCAAAGAGCUCGGCAUCCCCACCGCGAACAUCCCCCUCUCAGGCCUGAGCAUAGGCGGCAACGACGCGCUCGAAUCCGGCAUCUACUACGGCUGGUGCACACUCGACCACUCGACCAUCGCCUCGCAAACAACCUCCCACAGCGUCCCAAGCGCUACAGACGAUACCUCUGUGCCCGCGCAAUCGUCCAGCCACGGGGUUGCGGAUCUCAAAUACACCUCCUCUACCAACACCGCAGAUAGCAAGACUACCAUCUACCCCACCGUCCUGAGCAUAGGAUAUAAUCCGUAUUACAAGAACAGUCAGCGGUCGAUCGAGAUACACAUCCUGCAUAAUUUCCCUGCGGACUUUUAUGGCGCUACGCUGUCGCUUGUGAUUUUGGGGUUUAUACGGCCGGAGUACGACUAUGUGAGUAAAGAUGCGCUGGUGGAGGAUAUUAGAGAGGAUAUACGCGUUGCGCAGAGGAGUUUAGCACGGGAAGCGUAUGGAGCGUGGAAGGGGGAUGCAUGGUUAAGAGGGGGUGAGGAUGAGCAGGCGGGGAAGAGUAGAGAUGGUGUGGGACAGAGCGAUGGAGUGGGCAUGUGCCAGAUGAAGUGA